UCCUCCUUGCUUUGAACUUAGAUGCUUCUCUGAGAGAGAGAGAGAGAGAGAGAGUGUGUGUGUAUGGCUGAGAGUGCUGUUCGGUUCAUCAUACAGAAACUGAACGAUUUUCUAACGCAGGAAGCAAAAUUUAUAUUUGGAGUAGAUAAGCAGCUCAGAUUGCUUCGGGAUAAACUUGAAUGGAUGCAUGCCCUCCUCAAAGACGUCGAUGGGAAGCGCAGAGAGAAUGAAAGAGUCAAGAGUUGGGUGGGCCAAGUAAGAGAAGUAGCCUACGAUGCUGAGGACAUCAUCGACAACUUCAUCUUUAACAUUGAAAAGCAACGAAGAGAGAAAAGUGCUGGUUUCAUGCGAUCUGUACGAAGUUCUGCUUGCUUCAUCAAGGACAUACCAGCCACCCGCGAAAUUAGCAAGAAUAUCCGGGACAUAGAAAAAAGGCUUAACAAGAUCUCGUCCAACAGAUCAGAGUAUGGCAUCGACAAUAUACCAGCAUGCGGAGAAGCUUCAUCUUCUUCAACUCAAAGCCAGACGUGGAGGGAGAAGAGGGCUCCCAUCGUUGAGGAAGGUGAUGUGGUUGGCAUUGAAGACGAUACAAAGGCACUGGUGGGGCGGCUGAUCGAAGGAAAUUCGCGACGUGCGGUCAUUUCCAUCACUGGAAUGGGUGGAAUUGGUAAGACUACCCUCGCCAAAAAGGUUUACAAUAACAUCGAUGUAAAGAAGCGUUUUGAUUUUCAUGCUUGGGUGUAUGUGUCUCAAGAAUAUCGAGUGCGAGAGCUUUUAAUAAGAAUUAUAAAUUACUUUAUAAGGCUCUCACGAGAUGAAAUAGAGAUGAUGCCUGAGGACGACUUGCGGGGAAAACUCUCUGAGUACUUGGAUGGGAAGAGGUAUUUCCUGGUAAUUGAUGAUAUAUGGACAAGAGAAGCUUGGGACGGUUUGGUCUCUGCACUUCCAGAUGGGGAAAAUGGCAGCAGGGUGCUGCUCACCACUCGCAAUGAAGAAAUAGCUAAGUAUGCAGAUGCUCAGAGCAUACCCCAUAAAAUACAUUUUCUUGAUGAAAGCAGGAGCUGGGCAUUGUUUUCUAAGAGAGCACUUCUUGAAAAUCUUGCUCCUGUGUACCUUCCGAACCUGGAGGAGCUGGGGAGAAAGAUCGCUGCCAAAUGUGGAGGUUUGCCCCUAGCAAUUGCAGUAAUAGGAGGUGUCCUAUCAAGAAAAGAGAAGUCAGUGAAAGAGUGGGUGAAAGUGCUUGAAAGUGUGGAAUGGUGGCUAAAUGAAAGUGAGGAUCGGAUCUCUGGUAUAUUGGCCCUAAGCUACCAUGACUUGCCCCAUUACUUGCUGCCCUGCUUUCUUUAUUUUGGAGCUUUUCCUGAAGAUUCUGAAAUCCCUGUGGCCAAAUUGAUUAAGUUGUUGAUAGCAGAAGGAUUCGUACAGCGUAGAGGAGACGAAGAAAUGGAGGAUGUUGCAGAGGAUUACUUAGAAGAGCUCAUCAGCAGAAGCAUGAUUCAGGUAGCGGAAAGGAAGAGCAAUGGAAUGGCUGAAAAAUGCCGUAUUCAUGAUCUUCUACGCGACCUCUCAAUAUCCAAAGCCAAAGAAGAGAGAUUUCUUGAUAUGUACAGGAACAUAGUGCCUACAUCACCGACCACAGCCCGCAGGCUUGCAAUUACUUCUAGUGGCAUUGGUAUGUACAUCUCUCUUAACCGCUCAACUCUACACCUCCGCUCUUUAUUACACUUCAAUAGCGAGAGUGAAAGGCUUGAGAAACCACAGUUAAAAAUCCUCUGGGGAGCUUUCGAAUUUCUCAGGGUGAUGCAUCUUGGACAGGUAUGCCUCUCUAGUCUCCCGGAUGAAAUUGGGUAUCUAAUCCACCUGAGGUACCUAUCUCUCAUGGGUACUCAGUUAGAAAAGCUACCAUCCACGAUAACCCGCCUCUCCAAUUUACAGACUCUCGAUUUACAGUAUACAUGUAUCAAGAUGCUACCAGAAAAUAUUCCGAAGAUGGAACAGAUGCGUCACCUACUGCUAUCAUCACAAUGUCGAAUCAGUGACCGCAGAACACUCCAUUGCUUAAGCAAUCUCCAGACUCUCUCUAUAGUAGAGGCGGGCAGCUGGAUAGAAUAUGAGUUGGAGAAACUGACCAAUUUGAGAGAAUUGGGAAUAGAAGGAGAUCUCAAAGUGACAUUAUCCCGUUCUCUUUGUAAAUUAAUCCGUCUCAGAUCAUUGUGGCUAAAGGCAAGUCCUGGAUCCUCGAUUCCAACUUUUGCAUCCUUCUUAAAUCAUCAGCAUCUAUAUAAGAUGGAAUUGACUGGACUUUUAGAGAAAUUACCGAACCUGCAUGUAUUCCCACCUAUGCUCACUGAGCUAUGCUUGGAUGGGUCCCAAUUAGAGCAAGACCCGAUGGAAACGCUGGCGAAGCUCUCGAACCUUCGGAUUCUCAUAUUACAAUUGGCAUGUUACAAAGGAAAGGAAAUGGUUUGCUCCAACGGAGGGUUUCCCCUGCUUGAUGUUUUGUGUAUUGCUGGAUUGUAUGAAUUAGAGGAGUGGAGAGUGGAGGAAGGGGCGAUGCCUAAUCUUAGAUGUUUAAAUAUUGAAGGCUGUGGAAGAUUGAAGAUGCUUCCUGAUGGAUUGCAACAAGUCACCACCCUUCAAGAAUUGAAGUUGGAAGACAUGCCGCAGGAAUUCAAAGAAAGGGUGAGAGCGAACGUGGGAGAGGAUUGGUUUAAGAUCCGACACAUACCCUCUCUUAUCAUCAGGCGCUGAAUGUUGCCCGGCAUUAGAUGCUGUCAUGUGGUGACUGACUGGCAUCAUGAACUUAUAACUACAUAUAUUCAACUAGCAGAAGCUUCUCAAACGGGAAAAUGACGACACGUUGUGACUGGAUCGACAUCAGAAAGUGGUUAUGGCAUAUUGAAUUUUUUUCCUUUGGUGGUUUUGGUGAUCUUUUCUACUGUUAUGAGUGGAGAGUGUGAUGGUGUUUGAACAAUGUUUUUAUGGCACCAUGUCUGUAUUUCACGGAGAUUCCAUUGAAUAAUGAUUUAUAUAGUGUUUGAAAUGUAAUUUCCUACUUUCAUUUUUUAUUUAUACAGGUCAUGUUUAAUUUAA